ACCGCUUUUCUUUUCUUAUCGAUUACACCCUUUCAUAAUCGCUACUUUCACUUCUCAAUGUUGGCACUACUGAAUUCUCCAUCACUCUAUUUCCAACCGUUCCGCCUUUUGUCUUCUGUCAACCAUUUUGUAAAAAGAAAAAAAAAUACUACAUAUUUUUCCAUCACUUGUCAAACGUUUACCUAAUCCGUAGGCCAAAUUUUUUCGUCUACGAUUUUGGGAGGUUUUUCUUUUCUUUUAAUUUAACUUUUUACUUAAUUUAUACUUAAAAAUAGUUGAUAAUCUUUUCUAAAACAUUAAAUCAAGUGAAUUUGCAUCACACAACAUCGCAAUUCACUCUCAAAAUAGAGAACAAUAACCACACAAAUCUUCAACAAAAAUGACUCAUUACGAUAAUUCAGGCAGCGAAGAUGGCCAACUUCGGAGCCCUGGCGAUACACAUUUUCUCAGGCCAGAAAGUGUGUACAUGUCCAAUGACCGAUGCGCGCGAUGGCCACACGAUCUCUCUAAAAUUAAAAAAAAGUUAAAAUUAAAAACAAAAAAACAUCUUUCCUAAUGCGAAACAAAUACUUUCUCGAGACGAGUAUUGUUUCCAAUAAAAAUAAAAAAAAAUUAAAAAUUUGUGUACCUAAAAUCGAUUUUAGAGUAAUGCAACGAAAAAAUCAAAUCGGGUUCAAGCAACGACGACGACGACGAGGCGAGGCGAUGCGAUAAAACUCGAAACGAAACGGAUGGUUGGUGGCUUGCAGUGGUAAUGUGGCGUGGUGCUGGUGAUUCUGGUGUUCACGAACUCGCUAAAUACCCCGCUUGUACCGCUGCUCGUAAUCGAAUUCGUCGAAAUCGAAAUCAAAAAAGAAAUCGUCGAAAUCUCGUCUAUGUUAAACUCGUCAAACUUCACGACUUCAUUCUGAAUAAUGGUGUGGAGGCCAGAAGAAUUCUUCAAAAGUCAACAAUGAUUUGAAUGAAGAUGACACAGAUUCCUUAGAUAUUAAACCACCGCAGGCAACAAUUCACCGCGACUUAUCCGGAAAGCGGCGAUCAGGCAAAGAGAAAAAACAUUCCAAAGAACGCAAGCACAAAAGUGACCACAGAGACAGGGAGGAUCGAAGGGAGCGAGGGGAGAAGAGCGAUGGCUCGGCGAGUAUGUCGGGAAGCAUAGGCAAGUAUCGAGGUGAACGGGACAUGAUGGUGGACGAUCGCCGGUACAUGAAGUACUACGACCGUGGUAGACCUAUGUCCCAUGGACAGCAACGCCGAGAUCACCAUUACGACAGAGGAACGCUCGGAGAUGAGUACGAGUACCAAAAUCGACACAAGCACCGCGAUAUGUACCAUCACCAUCAACAGUACCAACAGCCACCUCAUCAGCGUUACGAUUAUCACUCACAGAGGAAUUACAUGGAACCGCCACCGUACGAUACACGCCCCGAAGCAGAGAUGCUCGAGCAAGAUUUGCGAACAAGACUUCUGACCAAACGCCACAAGUAUGUUAAAGAGUCCUCGGGGCCCCACAAUCACCACGACAAGAGAAGCAGCCAUGAUUAUCACCGGGAACGGAAUGAUGGUACCACCGAAAAGAAGAAGGAACCUAUAAUCGAGGUAAUGGACAGCCCCGAGCAACAGGAAGCCCUUAAGAAAAGGCAACACAAAAAGAAGGAGAAAUCGCACACAAUAGAAGAUCCAGAGCUAGUGGCGAGGAAAUCCAAGCUUUUGGAAGCCGAACGCGAGAUGGCAAAGAGAAAAGAAUCGGCGCGAGAAGAACUAGAAGCCAGACGAGAGCUGCGCCGAGAACGCGGCGAAGACCAAAUCAUAGAAAAGGCACACAAAAGUGGUCACAAACGGUACCAAUCCACAGAGGAAAAGGCUCUGAAGAGAAAGAAGCGAAAAGUUGAGAGCGACAAUAUUUCAGAUGAUGUUCUUUCGGAUAAUUCUGAUGUUGUUAGCCAUAACGGUGGUAAGGAUGGUGAUCAGGAAGACGACGAAGAUAACAGCGAUGCAUCGUCGACGAAGUCGGAAAAGAAGAAAAAGAAGCACCGUAGGACAAAGGACGUUUCCGCCGAAAACUUUGACGUUUACAGCCACCAUGAAGAGGAUGAUGAUGACGACGACGAUGAUGAUGACGACGAUGACGAAGAUGACGAGAGCGAUUCCGAUUCCUCUGCCGAUUCUGAUGCACGGAGUCACAAAAGCUACAAUGGUGCUGCCGAAAAGACAAACAAGAAAAAAAAGCAAAUUCUUUCAGAUGAAGAAGGUAUUCUGCCAGACGAAAGUCCGCUGUCAAUAGGAAACCUGUCGAAAUCACCGCACAAACACAAACCUAAUAACUCCAGAUCGAGAUCGCGUUCCGACGCAUCCAGCCGAUCGAAGAGUGACAGUGAAUUGGACGAAGAUGACGAACGACGUUCAAGAUCACGAUCGCGUACCCGGUCGAGAUCCCCACGGUCGCACACACGUUCGAGGUCAAGAUCGAUCUCAGGCAGCUCCAGAUCCCGAUCUAGGUCCCGCUCGUUAUCACGAUCUAAAUCACGUUCCAGAUCAAGGUCGAAGUCGCGUUCGGAGGAGAGAAACAUGAAGAAGAGUGCCGAGGAAGAAGCCCGCAAGGGUGAUCCCGAUGUAAUUCUCGACGAAAAAGACGUCCCGCGCAAUGACAAAGGCGAGAAACUGCCAAACUACUUCCCCGGCAUUCAGGGUUGUCGCUCCGUGGAAGAGUUCCAGUGCUUGAAUCGCAUCGAGGAAGGUACCUACGGGGUGGUCUAUAGAGCGAAGGACAAGCGAACCAACGAAAUUGUGGCCCUUAAACGGCUGAAAAUGGAGAAGGAGAAAGAAGGCUUCCCCAUCACUUCCCUGCGAGAGAUCAACACGCUGCUCAAAGGGCAGCAUCCCAAUAUUGUGACGGUAAGAGAAAUUGUCGUUGGCAGUAACAUGGAUAGAAUCUUUAUUGUCAUGGACUACGUGGAGCACGACCUAAAGUCUCUAAUGGAGACCAUGAAGCACAAAGAACAAUCCUUCUUUCCCGGCGAAAUCAAGUGUCUAAUCCAACAGCUGCUGUGCGCGGUUGGCCAUUUGCACGACAAUUGGAUUCUCCAUCGGGACCUGAAAACAUCGAAUUUAUUGCUCUCUCACAAAGGCAUCCUGAAAGUGGGUGAUUUUGGGCUGGCUCGGGAGUACGGAAGCCCGCUCAAGAAGUACACCUCCCUGGUGGUCACACUUUGGUACAGAGCCCCAGAGUUGCUCUUAUGUUCGCCUGAGUACUCGACGCCAAUUGAUAUAUGGUCAGUGGGAUGUAUUUUUGGAGAAUUCCUACAAAUGCUACCACUGUUUCCGGGAAAAUCAGAAAUAGAUCAACUCAAUAGGAUUUUUAAGGAACUUGGAACCCCAAAUGAGAAGAUCUGGCCCGGAUACAAAGACCUACCCGCCGUAAAGAACCUGCUCAGUCAGAAUUCCCAAUUCACAGAAUAUCCUGUGUCCAAUCUGCGUAAAAGGUUCAUAAAGCGAACGACAGAAACUGGAAUAUCCCUGUUGCAGGGCUUGCUUACCUAUGAUCCCAAGCAAAGACUGAAUGCCGAGCAAGCUCUGAAUCAUCCCUAUUUCAAGGAGCUACCACUGCCCAUUGACCCGUCAAUGUUCCCCACAUGGCCAGCAAAGAGCGAGCUAGGAGCUCGCAAGGCGUUAGCCUCCUCACCCAAACCUCCCUCGGGUGGUUCACAGUUCAAGCAGUUGGGUCACGAUGAUAUUAUCACGACCAAAUCGUCAGGCGUUGCUUCGGGUAUCAUUUCGGGCAGUAAAAAGUCGGCGUCAAGCAGCAAUACGGGAUUUGUCCUAAAUGCUGGAAUUGAUCAACGUCAAUUGGCAAUGGGGCCAGGGUUUAGUUUAAAAUUUUAAAGAAAACAAAAAAAAAACUAUCUUAGUUUUGUAAAAUUGGAUUUUUGGCAAUGUAAUUCUUUUUUUUAACAAUUGAUUGGAGAUGAAAAAGUUUAUUUUUUUCAUUGAAUCCCAUUUUUUCCCGCCAUGUAGAAUGUAAAUUUUUAAGUAUACAAAAAAAAAAAAAAACAAAACUCGUUUCACAAAUAAAACAAAACAUUAUUAAACUACAUAGAUGUCAUCAAAACAAAACAAAAAUCAGUCAGGUCCUGUGCAUAAUAUGUGUGUCUUCAAAAAGAAAUUGAAGACAAAAAGAUAGAUAUGAAAUAAAAUAAAGUAUGUAAGAAAAAUUAAUUUUUGAAAAAAUACAAAAAUGCAAUGUUGUUUUAAA